AUGGAAAUACUAAAAAAGUCAUUUGCACCUCGAUCUGAUCAAGGAGAAACAAAACAAUCUUAUCUUAAUUUAAUUUAUGGUUAUACUUUAUUCGAUGAAAAUGAUGAUACUAAUUUAACUGAUAAUAGUUCUAGUUCUGUUAGCGAUAAUAAUAUUAUACCAAGUGGUGGGGCCCGUCAAUAUUGGCAAUAUGCCCACAGGCAAUAUCAUCAACAUAUGAAAAGGGGAAGAAGAAAAAAAAAACGAAUGGGAGUAAAAAGAAAAUAUCAACAAAAAAAUAAGCAGCAGACUAAUAAUUCUGAUAAUAAUACGAUUGAAUACUUGCCUGCUAUUGAUCCUGAUGGUUUAAUACUAAAAAUUCGUGCUGCUAUUUUUUUAUCUUUGGAUGAGCUUUGGACUGUACCUUCAGAUUUGGCUUUAACUGCAUCUAUUCUUGAUCCAUGGUUCAAAACCUUCCAAUGGGCAUCUGAACAAUUAAGAUAUGCGAAGAAAUUACUUGAAAAAUCUUAUAUUGAGUUGAAAACAGCUAUUGACUUAUUAAAUUUAAAUAAUUUUUCAAAUGAAAAAGUAAAAAAAAAUGAAACAUCAAUGAUUCACGAUGAUGAUGAAUUCUUUAGUCAAUUAAAAACAAUACCUCAACAAGCAUUAGAUUUAAUUGAAUUAGAUGAACAAUAG